AUGGCUGCGAUCGAGGCGAAGGCCGGCAGCGGCGGCGAGACGGGGUGGAUUUCCAUUGGCUGGACGAAGAAGGCCGGCCUCAUGGCUCCUGCCGACGCCGUGGUGGGGAAUCUGGCGGGAGCCGCGCCGAACAACGUGCUGGCUUACGCGAUGACGGGCAAGACUGUGGCCAAGGUCAAGAAGGCAGCCGUAGCCGCAGUGAAGCUCUCCGCGAAAUCCGUGGUUACCAGUUCUGACGGUGGCAAGAUCGUCAAGUUCACUCGUAUGGGCAAGGGCGGUCUGGGCCCUGUGAAUUACCUGGGUAACAACAACAUGAUCUGGGCCUACUCCGAUACCCAGGCUUUCACCUCCCACAGCAAUCGGGGUUCCGUCAUCAUCAACCUCGCAUGCAAGGUGUAA